CUCUAGUCGUGGACAGACACUCAAUGUCUGUCAGUUUGUCUCUUGUUAACACAACCACAGCUCUUCUUCGCUGCGCUGAGCUCGAUGUAUUAAAAGUCGGUGACUCAAAUUGUAUUAAUUUUGCCUCACAGUGAGACCCAGUUUUGCAUCUUUUUCUCCGCACUUCUUUUCUCUCUCUCCGGCGAAAGAAUUCGCCCAAGACCAAAAUUAGAUGCCGCGUUCGAAUGCUUAGGCCAGCUUUGGGAAAGAGUGUUGGCAGUGAUAUGUUUUUACUACUUAGUAUGAACUUAAUGAUCUCGUGUGCUAUUUAUGUUUAUCGCUAGUGAAGCAAUUAAAUUAUUCUAAUUUAUUGUUAUUAUUAUUCACUAUGAUCUUAUUUAAUAUCACAACGCUAAUCGGCUUAUGAUCAUUAAAUAUCUGUGAAGUGUGAAUUUUUACUGUAUCAUAAUUAUGAUCGUUAUAGAAGUGGAAAAGAACAAUUCGUUAGUGAACUCAACACGUAGUUUUGAGAUCUCAAAUUUGGCUAGAUAAUUAUCAAAAUGGAUUAUUCAGAUCACUUCUAAAAGCGGAAAGUAGAAUAUCGAGCUCCCAACAAUGCUACACUUUCUUAAUUGAGGAAAAAUUUACUGUGUCUUUGCUGUGCAAAGUGAGAAAACAAUGUCAUAAAACCCAGUGAAUAAAGUGCAGCUCAUCGGAAAUGCCUUUUAAAACCAUGUGAUGGUUGUGGAAAGUGGAGACAAUUUGGACGUCUUUCCACCUCAUGGAUGUGAACGAGAUGUGAAAUGAUUGUCAUCAGGAGACUCCACUUGUCAUGUCUCUCAUUUCUCCUGCUGAUCUUGUGCGCGCGCAUGGAUUGCGCGGAUUUCGGUGGCGCCAGCGAUUUCCUGCAGAGGCGCGAAUCAGUGGAGACUCUGGUGCAGGAAUGGGCGCCGCUGGUGUGGCUGGCGCCAGGUGAGAAGUUCCUGCCCAGCGCUGUCACGGACUUCCUGCAUCACGUGCACGCGGAGAAGUCCAAGGCGAAGGACAAGGCAAAGCCGCCAGUGAGUCAGCAGGUGUAUCAGGAGUCGAACCAUGAGGAGAACAGCAUCCGGAGGAAUGGCCAGGAUGCGUGGGAUAAGAGGAUCCAGAGAACUUUUCGCGGUGAAAAUCUCCUGGUUGACUACAUCAUCGACAUGCCAGUGGGUGAGAAGUCUGAAAAUUGGUUCCUGGUAACGAAUGACGAUAUCGAGGACCUCCUGGACAAUGAUGCAUCUUUCCUGUACGGUCAAAUGCCGAAUCAAGGAACGGUUCCCAUUUAUGCCUUGGUUUCUCUCUGCCCAAGCUCAAGUUUUGGCCAUGGAGGGAUUUUGGAUAAUUCUCUAGACACUGAAAAUAUAGAUCUGUCCAUCAAUGACAUUCACAGCCAGCCUGAGUUCAAGCCAAAUCCUUACAUUCCACUUCAGAAGCUUCAAACCACAGACAAUCUCAACUAUUUCACAAGCCAGGACGCAAUGCCGAGUUACAAAAUUAUGGAAAAUGCCAUGGAGACGAAAAAUCGGAGACGCAAGAGAGAAAUUUCCCUCGUCAUCGCCCAUAGCGUUCACAACUCUACCACAUUUGCCGUCCCGGAAGUCAUCAAUGGUCUCAUUGAGGAGUCAUCCAAGGUGGAAAAUCACUCGCAAGCGCUGCAGAAAGGCGAAGAAUGGACUGUGUCUGUUCCGGUGCAGUUUAAGGAUCACAGGGACGUGGACUUCUAUCCCAACUACAUCAAGGGCGGGGAGUUUCAGCAACAGCAGCAGCAGCAGCAGCAGCAGCAGCAGCAGAAGAAGAAGAUCGGGAAGGAGAAGGAGUCUUAUCCCCACUUCGUUGUCACCUAUUGGAUGUUCUAUCCCUACAAUCAAGGCAAGACGAUCUGCUCAAUCAGUUUGGGGCCUUUUGGUCAUCUUCCCAUUCCUCUCUUCUUCGGGAUGUGCUUCGGAACGCGGCGGGACUUUGGCAGCCAUGUUGGCGACUGGGAGCACAUGAGCCUCCACUUCCGAGGACAUCGAGAGCCAGAUGAAAUGUACGUUUCUGCACACGAUGCUGGCGCUUACUAUGAGUACGACAGACUGACGGGGACUUUUGAGUUCCGACGCCAGGAGACACGCGUGGGAAUCUUGCAGAAGCCCGUCUUCCCGCGCACAGUCGUUACUUCUGUCAAUCAUCCGGUCCUGUUCGCCGCCAAGGGCAGUCAUGGACUCUGGACGGCGCCAGGCAAGCACAGAUUCAUCCGCGUGCCGCGCCUCUAUGACGUGAAUGGAUUCGGCAUUCCAUGGUCCACGUGGCACAAUACGGAAAUCCUCUACGAGGAUGACAUCUCAGCGCGCUCGGCCUUUCACCAGCCGCACUGGAUCCAGUUCAAGGGACGCUGGGGUAAUCCCAAGAGCAAGUGCCACCCCCUCAGGCGCAUUGGCCUUAACUUUUGCGAGUACAGCGAUGGCCCGAUGGGGAUCAGGAGGAAGCCGCACUUCCACUGUACAAACUAACUGGGGAUUCAGUGAACUAAGGAAGAGUAUUUAUUGAUAUUUAUUGAUCCUCAUGGCGAGGGUGUCUCUCGUGUAUUGUUUUGUAUUGUAUUUUGGUAUGAUUUUACUUUGUACAUAAAUAAAAUAGGAUUUUUUCAAGAUUUUUCUCUUAUAGAUUUGGCGGGAAAUGAUGGAUUUAGUCCGAAAAACUCUUAAUUGCAGUGCAUUUUUAUUCCGCGAGAAGGCGUCACAAGCG